CAGGUCCGCAGUCUCCUCCCGGCAUCCUCACUAAUCAGAGCGUCAGCUUUCUCCUCCUCAUCUCACCGCUCGCAUUCCUUUAUUCAUCUAUUUAUUUAUUUAUUCCACACUUUUCAGCACUAAAGGAGCCUCGGUGCUGCACACACCCGGAUAUCACGUCUCCUUUCCUCGGUGAAAUCCUUUUUCAGCAGUGUUUUUCCCCUCCGUUCUUCUGCGCGCGCGCGCGUGUGUGUGUGCGUGUGUGUUUGCGUGCGUGCCUGUGCGUGUGUGUGUGUGUGUGUGUGUUAAUGGAACAUGGCGAUACGGACUCAGUCCUUCAGCGUCGUGUGUUUGCUAAGCGUUCAGCUCAUCAUCCUGAUCUUCAGCGUGCCGUGGAGCGGAGUGGAGAGCCUCACCUUCCCGCAGCACUACACGAUAAUGCACUGGGCUCGGCGGAUAGAGCAGGAGAUCGACCGAGUCCUGCAGCACAUCAGUGGAGCGCAGCAGCUUAAAGGGCUGUACAGCGAGAAGAGGAGGCAGUACACCCUCGUCAGGAACAAUCCCAGAGAGAUAGUGGAGAAGGUGGCCUCGGACAUCGAGAAGCUGCUGUCCAAAAAGAAGAAGGCGCUGGAGAAACUCGCCACAGAGGCAGAGAGAGUGCAGAUGGCACAUCGAUGGCAGGAUGGCAUCAAGGAGUGGGAGAUCGAGUACUACGACUCCAAGGCAGAGAUGGAUUACGACGGGGAGGAGGUGGAGCCUCAGAUGUCUCUGAAGUUGGAGUUUGUGUACGACCCGAAUUUCAAAAACAACGUGAACUACUCGUACACGGCCGUACAGAUCCCCACGGACAUCUACAAAGGAGCUCCGGUGAUUCUGAAUGAGCUGAACUGGACGCAGGCGUUGGAGAGGGUUUUUAUGGAGAACAGUAGAGAAGACCCCUCGCUGCUCUGGCAGGCAUUCGGCAGCGCCACUGGCGUCACCAGGUAUUAUCCAGCCACGCCGUGGAGAGCGCCGGAUAAGAUCGACCUGUACGAUGUGCGACGGAGACCCUGGUACAUCCAAGGAGCAUCAUCCCCCAAAGACAUGGUCAUCCUCGUGGACGUGAGUGGCAGUGUCAGUGGUUUAACUCUGAAGCUCAUUAAAGCCUCAGUAACGGAGAUGUUGGACACGCUGUCUGAUGACGAUUACGUUAAUGUGGCACGGUUUAACGAGAAGGCGGAGGCGGUGGUGCCGUGUUUUAAACACUUGGUCCAGGCGAAUGUGAGGAACAAAAAAAUCUUUAAAGAGCACGUGGCACAGAUGCAAGCCAAAGGCACGACGGACUACAAAUCAGGAUUCCACUUCGCCUUCAACCAGCUGCUCAACAAGACGAACGUCCCCAGAGCGAACUGUAAUAAAAUAAUCAUGCUGUUUACGGACGGCGGUGAGGAUCGAGCUCAGGACAUCUUCGAGCAGUACAACUGGCCCAAUAAGACGGUGCGAGUGUUUACGUUCUCAGUGGGGCAGCACAACUACGACAUCACACCGCUUCAGUGGAUCGCCUGCGCUAACAAAGGUUACUAUUUUGAGAUCCGCUCCAUCUGCGCCAUCAGGAUUAACACCCAGGAGUAUUUGGACGUGCUCGGUCGCCCCAUGGUCUUGGCUGGGCGAAAUGCCAAGCAGGUUCAGUGGACCAACGUUUAUCAGGACGCCCUGGGUUUGGGGCUGGUGGUGACCGGGACGAUGCCUGUCUUUAAUCUCACUAUGGAUGGAAACUCUCAGAAUCAGCUGAUCCUGGGAGUGAUGGGCGUGGACGUUCACCUGGACGAACUGAAGAGGCUCGCACCGCGCUAUAACCUGGGAGCCAAUGGCUACAUUUUUGCCAUCGACCCAAACGGAUAUCUGCUGCUUCACCCAAACCUGCAGACCAAGGUGGUGGACCUGCCUGAACCCGUGACACUGGACUUCUUAGAUGCUGAAGUGGAAGACAGCAAUAAACAGGAGAUCCGAAGGCAGAUGAUAGACGGCCGAGCAGGUGAGAUGACCAUCAAGACUCUCGUCAAAUCAAUGGAUGAGCGCUAUAUAGACGAGGCAGUACGGACGUACGCUUGGACCCCCAUCAACGACACUGACUACAGUCUGGGCCUGGUACUGCCUUCAUACAGCGAGUACUACAUCCAGGCUGACCUGAGUGACGUCAUGCUCCAGCUGCAGUAUCUGCAGUCUCUGCUGCCCAGCUCUUUCGAUUCAGCUGGACAUGUCUUCCUGGCCCCGAGAGAAUACUGCAAGCGCCUGCACAUCGCCGAGAACAACACCCAGUUUCUGGAGAGCUUCCUGUCGCUGAUGGUGGAGAUCACACCAGAGACAGAGGACUGUGACCAAGGCCUGAUUCACAAUGCCAUUUUGGAUUCAGGGAUCAUCUGGCAGCUGGCCACCAAGGCUUGGAAGAACAAGGACCUGAACACGUAUGGCUUCCUGGCGUUGUUCGCGUCCACUGAUGGAGGUGUGACGAGAGUGUAUCCAAACACAGCGGCAGAAUCUUGGGAUGAAGACUUAGAGCCUCUGAAUUCCAACUUCUACCGCCGCAGCCUGGACAAUAAGGGCUACAUCUUCAGAGCCCCAACACGCACGUCCUUGGAGGAUCCUGUAAUCACAGAGAACGGCACGGUGGGGAUCCUGGUCACAACUGCUGUGGAGGUUACGGUGCAAGGCAAAACCCUGAAACCAGCAGUGGUGGGGGUUAAGCUGGAUUUGGAGGCGUGGGUCGACAAGUUCAAGAUUCUGGCCAGCAACGUGUCUGACAGCAGGCAAGGCUCUCACAAGUGCGGUCCUUCCAGAUCCUGUGAGAUGGACUGUGAGGUCAACAGUGAUGAUCUGCUCUGCUACCUGAUUGAUGACGGCGGCUUUCUGGUGAUGUCUAAUCAGAAAGACCACUGGAAAAAGGUCGGAUUGUUUUUCGGCGAUGUAGAUCCCUACCUAAUGCACGCGCUCUAUAAUAACUCCAUCUACGCGCGGAGGCAGACGUUCCAGUACCAAUCGACAUGUGAGCCGACGGCCAGCAGCCGCACAGGAGCUGCACCACGUCACUUCAUUGUGCCCUCCAUUGCUGACUUGCUCAAUUUGGCCUGGUGGACAUCUGCAGUUGCUUGGUCUGUACUGCAGCAGCUCUUCUACGGCCUUGCGUACAACACCUGGUUUAACACGGGUGAUUUUGCUUUUGCUGAAGGUACAGAAACCAGAGGAAGCAGCAGCUGUGUGACUAUUCAGAGCCAGUUCUUCUUCACCAACACCACCAACUCGUUCAACGUGCUGCAGGACUGUGGCAACUGCUCCAGAUUAUUCCAUGCCAAGAAGAUAGAAAACACCAACCUGCUGUUCGUGGUGGCCGAAACUCUUCCCUGCAGCUCCUGCGAGAUUGAAAAGCUCACACAAGUCAGGAUGGAGUUUCAGGAGGAAAUUCCCUGUGACGUGUUGAGCUCUGCCCGAUAUCGGAAAGGGCCGGAGAAGUGCUUUGAUUACAAUGCUAUGGAGAACACGUCGGAGUGUGGGCGGGCUCACUCUUUGCGCUGUCCAAUCGGGAUCCUCAUCUGGGUCCAGUUAACGUUGCUUUACCUCGCUGUUCGAUCUUAAGCCUCUCUGUUCACCCAGCUCCCUUCUACACUCGUAAAACUUCCGUAAUCCCUGCUGCUUCUCCGCUCUUAUUCUCCUCUUCAGUGCUUCUUUUCGCUUCUGCUGUCUUCCCAGAAUUCCCUUGGUCCUUUUGCCCUAUUCUGAAGUGCUUUGAUAUUCUCAACACAUCCAGAUGGGUUGAUUGAGAUGCUGUGUGUCUUAGUAACCUGUCAUUGUGCAUAUCUUCUACAGACUAUUCUGGGUCUUAUAUUUAAGGAGAGUUUUUUAAAAAAAAUAAUUUUGCUAAACAGGUUGCCGUAAAAGCAAAUAAUGUAAGUGUGUGUCAAACCUGCUUGCCAAAUCCAGCAUUAUAUAUAUAUAUAGAUAUAUAUACAUAUAUACAUAUAUAUGACAACAUGGGCGUUGGAUCUUGAUCAGUGUUUACAAUCAUGCUUAUAGAUUAGUUUAGUCUUUUUUUUUUUUUUUUUUUGCUAAAUGUCUUGAUCUUUAUUAGCAUUGCUAUCAUACCAGGGAUUUGUGGUUGUGGUGUUUUAAAUUUAUCCCUUAUUAUGACUGUAUUCUCUGCUUGGAGGUAAAAUGACAUUGGAGGUAAAAUGACCAGAUAUAUCAAGAAUGUCUAAAAGGCAUAUUGUGUGCACAAAUCUAAACGACUGCCUGGUUUGCUACCCAACAGUGCCUUGGUGCACUUAGUCCUCCCAUUGGACAGACACAGCGUACUUGAGUUUGGCCAAUCGUGAGUAAAUGUCAGAAGAGUGAUUGGUUAUAAAUGCUCAGAGUACCAUGAAAAAAUCUUUGAAAAAUAACAGUAAUAUCGCUGCCCUUCAUUUCAGUACAGUUGAGGACUUCCCCUCAAGUCUGUAAAGUGUGCACCACGUAGGUCACAAACAAAUGGGCUGGAAAUUCUAUCAGGUGUCAUGAAUUAAUGGAGUUUUAUGCUAGUUCUUGAAAGUAGAAUAUUAAGUAAUUUAGAAACUUAUUCCUUUAACAUUUUUGCACAUUCUGAUUUUGCCGUCUGAGGAACUGAUUAGCCAUGAUAUGACAUAAUCACUAGCCUUUUAUUUUUUCAUUUCUUCAGUUCGAUAGAUCAUUCAGCAUAAAUUGAUCUUUGUAUAGAUUUUAACCCCAUACAGUAAUAUAGUGUGUCCCAAAAGUCUUCAUACAAAGGAGAAAUUAACACUUUUUAGCAAAAUGUCUUCCAAAAUUUUUCAUUUUUAGUUUAUAUUACAUAUAAUUUUCCAGAUAGACUUUAAGAACGUAUUGAAAUCAUUCUGAUGGCUGGAUGGGGAAGCUGUCGCAAGGUUGCGAUCGACUUUAACAGGAAACACGGGAAGCACAUCACACACCACGCUGUCGCCAAACUUAUUAACAAAUUCAAAAAGACUGAACGUGUUGCGGACCAACCGAGAGGUGGACGUCCACGAGCAUCCACUGACGAAGGCAGGACCGACGUGCUGCUGGCAAACACAGUCCCCUGUGUGUGGAGACUUUUGGGACACGGUGCAGAAUAACUCUUAUACUCGGCUAGCUGUGUAACGUCAGAACACCACUGCUGUUAGAUCGAGUUAGCUAGAGGUUUAGACUAUGUUAAACCAAACAAAUGAAAAAAAUGUCAGUGGUAAUACAAUCUGUUUGCAAUUGGCUGAUCAAAUUGAACUUCUCCCUCUGUUGACCCAGGAAGACUUAUCAGAAUCGUCCAACACCUUUCACUUGAGCUGAUGAAAUAAUGGAACUCAAUUCAGCCGAGGGGAGACGCAUUGUUACGAGGGUGCCUUAAAACCAGUAUUUGAGUGUAGACUAUUGAAAGUUUGCUAGGACAUGAAUUAAUAAUAGUUUUUUUGCUUUCGAUGAAGUCACCUGGAAUAUUAAUUCUACACUGUUCUCUGCACUUCCUCAUCUAACACUCAUCUAUAAACUUCACUUGAGCUAAUGAAGUGAGAUGCCUGAAGAUGGCAGGUGACGAGGGGAAGUCAAUGAUUGUGCGUUAAGAAACACAAAAAUGAUAUGUUGUAUAGCUCCAUGCUCUCUAACACAAACUCCGGGUUCUGUCCUCAUGCUUUUCUCUGUCUUUAGGAAAGCGAUCUGCUCAUGUCCAAGCGUUGUAUUCAUGUAAAUAUGAAGCUUCAGAACUAUGCUUAUCUUACAGAGUUGUAACUUUUUUUUUUUUUUUUUGGAUAAGCUGAACGUGUUGUUUUCUCUGCGCAUGACGGGAAAGUGUCUGUGCGACUGAUGAUUCCAGGGCUAAUACCAAAAUGGUUUCCAUUUCAUUAUGCAGUGCACUGUAGGGCCUAAGGCUAAGCUUUACUAGCCACUCAGCACCCUGUAUGGUGCAUUAGAUGUCAGAUAGGGAGCCAUUUCAGAGCACAGAACUUCUCCACAGAGCGACAAUUGCAGCUUGGAAACUGCCCAAGACUCUGACGUGAUAAUGUAUGUUAAAAAAAAAAAAAAAAAAAAAAAGAUUUUGCUUCGUUUUUAAAAGCUUUUUGAGACUUGAGAUGAGAUUCUGCAUGGAAAUGUGUAUUUACUUGAAGGUUUUUUUCAACAUUUAGUCAUGCUGAUGUUUUAUUUAAAUGUUUUAUUUAUGGUAUGAGAUUCCACAGCUUUAAUUCAGGCAGAAGGAGAUGUAAUCAGUAUUUGGUAUUAAUAUGACAAACAGUAACCUUCUGCCUCAGCUCUAGUAAAGAAGGUUUGAGCUUAAAGGGAUGACACAGUUAUUCAGUUUUCCUUAAAUCCAGAUCUUUGAUUAUGUUUGAUGGUUUGUGUAGAUUUUCAAUUGAAUUUUGUGUUGAGAUGUUUUAAUAUAUAAAAUGUUUGAAUUAAUAUCUUUAGAUAAUUUAAACGUGUAAAUGGAGAGACUGAGAAAGUAAGAAUGACAGCAUGAUAUCACUUUGUGUGGCUUUUAUUUUUGCUUGAUGUUCGUAUUUUAUUAAAAAAGGCUAUUUUAAAUUAUUGUUAUUUAUUUGCCACUUAUGAAAUUAUGUAUACUGUCAUUAUUAUGAAAAAGCUUUUAGAAUGGAUUUAUUAAUGUGAAUAGUUGUUUGUCUCCCUCUGUUUUUUUUUAUUUUCUAUUUUUUUUUUUUUUGCUGCUGUGAGGGGGAUUUUUUUUUUUCUUCAGUCUUCCGUAUUGUUUGUUUUGUACAGAUAGCACAAAAUGUCUUGAAGCACUAACUUUGUAUCAUAUUAUGUCAUUCACCUCUUAGAAAUUGGAACAAGAAAAUGUUUAUAAGAGAAUUGGUGAUAAAGACAUUCAUAUUUUUCACGUCAAA